AGCUUUUAAAAUAACAACAUGGCGGCGUAGAUAGCAGCUGGAGUGAUGGCGAAAACGUUUUUGGGUUGCAGGCAAAGUUCAUCGCUGGUGUUAUGGUUUAUCAGAGAUUUCGGCCAUAUCUUAACGUUCUUGGAAUGUUUACCCGGGGCUUUGUUAUCGGUUUGCCGAUCGUGGUAACAUUCGUUGAGAACGUGGGUAGUGUCAAAGGAGUGUUGGGCAUCUCUAUGCAACCAACCUUAAAUCCCAAUCCACACCUGAGUAGUGAUAAAGUUGUGGUCAACUGCUGGGCUGUGAGACAGUUUGAAGGAAUCAAUAGAGGUGACAUUGUCACACUGAUUGAUCCCACAGAUCCUGGUGGUGUUCUUAUAAAACGAGUCAUAGCUCUUGAAGGUGACCAUGUAAAAAGUUUAAACUACAAGAAGAAGAUUGUGAAAAUUCCACAGGGCCACUGUUGGGUAGAGGGAGACAAUCAUUCUCACAGCCAUGACAGUAACUCGUUUGGGCCGGUUACCAUUGGCUUGAUCAAGGGGAAAGCAACUCACAUUGUAUGGCCACCCAAGAGAUGGCAACGAUUAGAAAAUUUCACACCCGAGGGUCGACUUGCCUUUGGAGACAACUUUCCUUUAUCAGAAACUGAAAAUGUGACGGACACUUUGAGCGACAGCGAAACUGAAACACAGACUGAAAACAGUAGCUCGUGCAGAUCUUAUAUUGAUCGUGAUUCGACUUCUGUUCCAGAAUUCAUGUAUGGACCGACGAGCUGACCUGAAACCUGGGGGAAUUUUAGAAUUGGAGUUUCAUGUACAAAAUUAAAUACGCCACGUUUUCUUUUA